CAGCCGAGACGAGACGCCAGAAAUCACGAUGGCUCAGCUUGGUUUGGUCGUGCUCGCGUGCGCCGCGCUCGUCGCCUUGGCCGCGGCCACGAACGUGGAACAAUGCUCCGGAAAGUCCUUUGACAAUCUCAAUGAAAACGUACAGCUGUCACCAUGCAAGAAGCCGCCGUGUCGACUGAAGAAAGGCACACAGCAACACAUCACGAUAAACUUCACACCGGAUGAAGACCUCGACGACAUCCAGAAUAAAGUAACAGCUAAAGUAUUAGGAUUGGAUGUGCCAUUUGUAGGAGUCGAUGGAAACUCUAUUUGUGAUAAACUUUUCACGGAGAGUGGAGAAAAAGCUAAUUGUCCUGUAAAAGCCGGCACCAAAUACGUAUACAAGGACUCGUUUCCCGUACUCUCCAUAUAUCCCACAUUAAAUACAAAUGUACAUUGGGAAUUGAAGGGAAAAAGAGAUUUAAUUUGUUUCACAGUACCCGUCAGGAUCUCAUAAGUUCGUAACUUAAUAAUAUGCAUUUUAUAUAAGAUACUUCCGAGGGCAUACAAUGUCAAUAAUGGGUGGUGUUGAGUAAAUUACGUAUCAACUAUAUUCAUUUAGUUUUUAUCUUACUACAAAACAAGCGUUUACUUACAUAAACAUGUUUGUCCAAUACAUUACCAAAAUUAAUUCAUUGAUUUCGUUCGUUCUAAUAAAACUUAAAAGUAGGUAUUCGUGCGUGAUGCAUCAUACGUACGCAGGGGACUUAAAUACAAAUUAUUGUUUUCAUUUUUGUCUUUUGGACUCUCGGAACAUGUUCCGGUUUUGAAAAAGAAGACCUCUUAUUGUUAUUAUUAAGUACAUUAUUAAUAAAUUUUUAUACCUAUUCAAAUAAAUUAUUAAUUUGUGUAUCAUCUA